CACCAUUCGGCCGGCCAUGAUGAUGGCGACGUCGAGUAAAUCGACAAAAGGUAAGAGUCGAUAAAAGAGGAGAGAGAUUGGGUCUCGAAGGAGAGAAACACGACCCAAGCGACCGACGGACCGGAGAGGGGGAGGGUGGAGAAAAGAGGGGGUGGUCGGUAAUGAGGCUCACGAGAUGCAGUGUCGAUAUAUCCAAGGUGGUUGGAGGUUGUGAGGUCGAGGUCGUCUUCACGGGUAGUAAAACAGAGACGAAGGGUGAUGAACGGAGGAGGGGGUGGCUUGAUGGAGCAAAGAGCUGUGACCAAGCGAAAGCGGCGGCAGUGGCAGUACCAGUAGCAGCACCAGAAAACGUAAUGGAGGCAGCGGCGGCGGUGGGCGUCAAGGCGUCAAGGCGUCAAAACGAGGCAGCUGGGAGGGCGGAGGGUCGAGGGCAGUGCAAGGCAAAUCAAUGCGUAGCGAUGAAUGCAAGGCUCAAAGACACGAGGCAGGGCGCGGCAAGGCAGCAACAGACGUCGACGAACAAGCGCCAGUGGCGAAAAAGGACCGCACUGGACUGGUCGGGUCUGGUAAUAACAGUCUGUUGUGAGUAUGUAGUGUCAAUGUCGGUCCAAAAAAAGAGUUGGGAGUGGACAAGAGAGGUAGAUGUUUGGUCUAGGUCUAGGUCGAGGCGUAGACGUGGAGCUGCUUGGACACUGACUGCUAAGGUAAGGUAAAAGGUAGGUAGGUAGUGGAGGUAUGGAAGGUGAGUUACUACUGGACUGGAGGGCAAAUGGAGGAAGUUGGCUUGCUCUUGGGCUGUUGAAUUGGGACUGGGAGACUAUCGAAAGCCCACCCCAGCCCACCUCCAGUCAAGCUUACCUUAGGUGGAGAACCCUUUUUUUUUUCUCUUGUCUUUUUUUCUCUCUCUCUCUCUCUCUCUCUCUCUCCCUCUCCCAACCUUACCCAAAUGCUUGAACAUAGUGGUUCUUUCACUCAGUGCUAGCAGGCCCUUGAAGGUGGGUGCCC